CUGUGAGCGGUACCAACAGCCGCAGCAAAGCCUGAGCUUGCCAUAGACGCUGGGCCCCCUUGUCCAAAACCUGGGACAUACGCAGGCCAGGGUGGGCAGCAGCGCCCUGCACGGUCACACGAGGACCCCGCACGGCGCAGCAGCGCGCUAGGCUUGCCGCAUGCGAUGGCUCCCACGGGAGGGCCGUUUCCAGGGGCCUCUCCUCAGAGGGGACAUCUCUGGAAAGACGAAGUCCCUCGAAAGCCGGGGCAGUGCCGGACGGGCAGGCUGUCGCCAGUGCUUUGAUGGGGGCGGCCGUCACGAGAUUUUCAAGGGACCGGACUCGAUAACAGACGACAACAGGGACUCUCCCUUUUUCAUUCGCAGACCCCUGAAGCGCCCUGAAUGCAGGAGCGGCCCCGUUAGAAAUUGUAGACCGUCUGCGAACCCGGCACGUAGUAAGGUGCAACUGUUAACAAGGAAGGCAAUCCGCCACUGGCACAACUCACUAGAGAGCUGUGGGCUCUCAGCACGCGACGUCUUUACUUACAGGCCGGCAAGCUUGCUCAAAACGUAUGCUCCAGCUCAGCCUGUGGAAGCAGAAAUAACUUACAUUCCCUGCCCCGUGUUAAACAGAGCUUUCAAAAGCUCCCUGCUGAAAAACCGGCUCAUUCUGGCUCUGACACGGCAUUUCCUCAAAAGAGGCGUUCACGGACGAAACGAUCUGGCCUCUUCUGGCCAACUGUGCCGAGAAAUAGAAAUGUGCGCAUUCAUUUUCACGGUCGGACCAUUUGCAUCGUGGCUGCCAUAGCAAUGAAACGUUGCACCGUUCCUUGCAUAGUAAGUACAUGGUGCAUCAGAAGACAACAUGCAUGCUAAUGAACCCACAGACCUGGCUCUGAACCCCGGCGUACCUUAGGGCUGUUUGCACGUGGGCUGGCUGGCACACGUUCUCCAUCUUCAAAAAGAGAAAAACCAACCCUCCGGGUCCAAAAAGCCAGUGUUAUUUGCAUAUCAGGCUGCGUCCUCCCUCUUCUCAACUCUCCCAGGCUUUUUUUUCCUAGCUCUUCCCGCUUCCCUUCCUCCUUGCAGUGUGGCUGAGCGACUUGUCUGGCACCUACGGUCAGAGCAUCAUGGCCAACAGUUUGAAGAACAUCCCCGACUCUGGGGGUCUGAGUCUUGGCAGGAGACACCAGAUGCCUUAUCUCCAUGCUCAACAUCUGAAAAACCGGGCCGUCCGGGACCCCAGAUCUGUGGCCACGUUUGACUAGGAGGCCGUGUGUAACUACCCCUCCUUGCUGGGCAGAGAGCGCAGACGGCCCCGCAGUGAGGUACAGAGCACUAAGAACAUGAGAACGGCCGCACUGGCUCAGACCAAAGGUCCAUCUAGCCCAGUAGCCUGUCUGCUGACAGUGGCCAGCACCAGAGGGGGGG